AUGGGCCGUGCGAGGGCCAAGGACGCCGGCUACGGCGGCGUCAAGUCGUUCCCGUCGCCGGCCUCGUCCUCGGCGUCGUCGUCAGAGUUCGAGUUCACGGUGACGCAGUCGCCGGGGUCCAAGCAGCGGUCGGCGGCGCAGCUGUGCCCCGCCGACGACCUGUUCUACAAGGGCCAGCUCCUGCCGCUGCACCUGUCGCCGCGCAUCUCCAUGGUGCGCACGCUGCUGCUCGCGUCGGCGUCCACCUCGUCCGCCUCCGCCUCCGACUCCACCUCCACCUCCAACUCCUCCCGCGACUCCAACGGCAGCACCUCCUCCUCCUUCUCCACCGACUGCGCCGCGCUCCUGCUGCCGGACUCCGCCCCCUCGUCCUCCCGCCCCAGCUCCGCCACCGACGACGACCGCCACCUCAACCUGCUCCGGGGAACCGCCUCCUACGCCGGGCUCCCGCCAGCCAAGCGCACCGGCAAGCAGUACCUCUCGUCCUUCGCCACCCGCUUCUCCUCGGUCUUCCUCCACCGCGGCGGUGCGCCGGCCGCCAAGAAGCCGUCCAACAAGUCGCUCGCCAAGGAGGUGAUCAAGAAGUACGCCAAGAAGGUGAAGCCUCUGUACGAGAAGCUGUCCCAGAUCCCCAAGAACCAGAACAACGGCGGCAGCAACCAGCCUCAGCCGCAGCCCCCGGCGCAGCAGCAGCAGUGUUUUAAGAAGCCGUUCAGUUUCUCGAUCCGGAAGAAGCGGGGCGACGAAGACAACGCUGCCGCAUCCGCAGCGGCGGCAGCGGCGGAGGUGAGCACCUGCAAGUACGCGCACUCAAACUCGUUCUCCGGUAACCUCCGGUUCCCGCGUCAGAAGCGGUGCGCGGCGAGCUGCCCGUCGUCGAUGCGGUCGUCGCCGAACCACUCCGGGAUGCUCUCCUUCGGCGGAGCGGGCGGCGUGGGCUUCCCCGACGUGCCGGCCGCAGCAGCGGCGGCCAUGACAAGCAGCAUUGGCAUGCGGCCCGUGUCGCUGUCGGCGGCGUCGUCGUCUUCGAUGGAGGAGCUCCAGAGCGCCAUCGAGGGCGCUAUCGCGCACUGCAAGAACACAAUGGGCGGCGUCGUGUCCCUGUGCCCGCGCAAGGUGCCGGCGGCGACGGCGGCCGGCGAGAUCAGCGCGUUCUGA